AUGGAUAUGUCGACCGCGAUCGUCGUUGGACUGCUCGCGCUAUUGCAGUUGGUCACCAGAUCGCAUUCCGACGGGCAAGUCGAACAAAUUCUUGCAGUGUCUGCCGCUGACGUUCAUCUACCGAGGCAGUGGAUAUCCGAGCUGUUUCACCAGGCAUUGGCCAAUUUCACAGUUCGACAUGUCGGAAGCUCCACUUGCCGGCUCCAAUCCGACAUGUACGACAGACAUUUGCAGAACCACACCAGUUGGGCGGUCAGAAUGGCGGAAUCCUGGGACCGAUAUCCGACCGGCAUACUAGUGGGCAACCAAUAUCACAUGGGAAUUUACGACGAAUGUGUGGAUGUACGUCAUCCGGUGAUAGGACAGUAUUGCUUGUCUGAAAUAAAACUAAUCCCACCGAAGGGCACAGAUUACAGUUUCAACAGAACGGAAGAUCUAGAUGAUUUCGGGAACAAAGAUGCGUGGAAAACAGUACUCGGAUGGGGCGAUUAUCCGGACCAAGUGCAACGAAACAGUUUGAAUUUAGGAAUAUGUAUUCCGGCUUCUUGUUCAGCAUUAGACCUGCAAACGGCACUGAAAAACCAACUCUACUCGGUAUUCGCGCCAAAGGAGUUCAUGGCCGUCGUCAAAGUAGACCCAAUAAUGUGCACGGUCAGAGGUGACAUGUAUCCCUACAAUACAGCGUACUACGUCACCAGCAUGUUAUUUUUACUGAUUGUUUUAAUUUGUUGUGGCACAACGUUGUAUCAUUUUAUAAGAAUAUCAUGCCUUAAAAAUUCAAAAGAAACCAGCAAUGAAAGUUUCAAUUCAUUUUGCAAAACAUUUUCAUUUAUUGAGUCAAGCAUAGCAUUGGUAAAAUUCGAUAAAUACAAUGAAUUAAAUGCACUGUAUGGUACUAAAUUUAUAACGAUGAUUGUCGUUUUGUUGGGUCACCGAUUGUUUUAUUUAAUAGGAAACCCUAUGAACAACCCUAAAUUUGUAGAAAGUAUGUAUCUCAACGGACCAAAUAUUAUAUUGACUAGUACAAACAUGGUCGACCCGUUUUUUUUCAUAAGUGGUUUCCUCAUGCACCUGAAUAUUAGUAGGUCAUUCCAAAAAGAAAAAUCCGGAUCGGUUUUGAAGAAAAUCACAUUACCAAUUAUCCACCGAGUAAUUAGAAUGUUACCGGCGUAUUGCGCGAUGAUGGCGAUCACGGCUCACAUCGUACCCCACCUAGGAGACGGACCACUGUGGCCACAGAAAAUAUGGGAAGAAGCCGAAAUAUGCAAAAACUAUUGGUGGACCAAUUUGUUGUUUAUAAGCAACUUGGUCGACGUCAAGUAUGAAUGCCUCAUAGUAAGCUGGUACGUAUCAUGUGACGUUCAGUUUUUCGUAAUUGGAGUAAUAAUCGUUUACGUUUACACGAAGAACACUAAAUACGGGAUUUUAUUGCUCGGUACAGUACUGGGUUUGUGUAUAUGUGUGCCGUUUUUAGUAACGAUUUUUUCAAAAACAGACGGAAUAGAUAAAAUGCAGUUUCCAUAUUUAGAAAAUUUAAGAGUUUUCAUUUCAUUAAAUAAAACAUAUAGAUUGAGUUACAUGCGAGCCACGCCUUUCUUCUUCGGUUUAGCCUCGAGCUUCGUCGUGGAAAAGUUGAAGAAAAAUAAAUUUAAAUGUUCACAAAUGACAGUCUACAUUGGAACAUUCGUUGUUUUCGUGAUUGGCGUCUGUGUUCAGCUUUAUGGCGCCAAAUUCUACACUCGACAAUUACCUUAUUAUCCUUUGGAACAUGCUUUAUACUCGAUCGCUAGCCAUUGUAUAUGGACACUUCCAUCCGUGUGGAUUGCCAUUUGCUUGUUCACGUCUGGAUAUGGUCCCCUUUUGAACUUAUUUAACAACAGAAUUGUUGUGACUUUGGGGAGACUCUCGUACUCCGUUUUCUUGGUGAAUGUCACAGUCAUGAUGAUGUCUCAAAGUUCUCAGAGAUUACCUGUAUACCUUUCACCAAAAUCCGUGAUCGAUGCUUGGAUAUAUGAUACAUUUAAGUGUUACGUGAUGGGCUUAGCGUUAUACUUGGUCGUCGAAGCACCAUUCGCUAAAUUGGUUAAACCAUGGAUUUGA